AUGUCGAUACAGACCGACCAUGAGGGUGGGGCCAGAUCUAGGGCUACUAAAGCGGCCGCCGCGCAAACCAACCAAAGGAAACGUGCGGCGGGGAAGAAGGCUGAGGUUGGAACGAAGAAGUCCGGGAAGAAGGCGGAGGACAAGGGGAAGCAACCAACGGCACGCAAGCGUGUUUCGGCCGUGAAGAGCGAUGCGGGUGUUGCCACUGCUGCCCUCGAGCCCGGUCCUUCCGACGACGGCACCAUCGGCGGGAACGAAGACCCUGGGCGUGGCGGCGUGAGUGUUGCCGUCCGGCCGGGGGACAGAGAGGGCUUGGCGACUGGAGGAAAGCACGGCGAGGCUCCCGGCGACGACCAGGCCGCAACUGUGGUGUCCGUGGCAGAGGCAUCACAGCAGCAUAUGACGCUGCUCCCCCCGCCCGUGGUCGAAGUAUCUGCUGCAGUGAUAGAUAAGGAGAAGAAUGCUGCGCACGAUUGCACGGAGGAGCCGAAACACGACAUUGCCGACGUCGGUGGAUCUCCUCCCUCUGGGGGUCGCGGAAGGCGUAGGCAGAGGAAGAGCGAUGGGGAGGAGGAGUAUGACACCCCCGUGGCCGAGGACAUCCCCAUACGCGCAAAGAGGAGGCAGACGACAGCCAGCGGUGACGACGCCGGUGGUGCUGAAGUUGGGACAACGCGAGGCACCACGGAGCCAAGUGGCUUGGCGACAGAUCAUGCUUUGCGGCAAAAGGGCCGACCCGGUCCGCGGAAACCAUCUAGCGGACGGGGGGGCAAGCAAGCCUUGGGGGGGAAGAGGCCGAAGCGCGGCAAAGAAGGCCCUGGUGAAGCGGAUGUUGAGGACGAGGGGGAUGGGGAGGAGGAGGCCGAGGAGGAUGCGGAGGAGGAGGACGAGGAUGCAGGGGAGGAAGAAAAGGACGAGGAUGAGCAGGAGGACGACGAUGAUGAGGAGGAGGAGGAGGAUGAGGAUGGCGACGAGGGGAAGGAGAAGGAGGACGAUGAGGAUGAGGAUGAGGACGAGGAGGAGGACGAUGAGGGGGAUGACGAGCCUGAGGAGGAAAAGAGUGAGGAGGAGGAGGAGGAGGAGGAGGAGGAGGAGGAGGAUGAGGAGGAGGAGGAGGAGGAGGAGGAAGAGGAGGAGGAUGAUGGUGAGGAGGAGGAUGAGGAGGAGGAGGACGACAUGGAGGAAGAGGAGGUGGAGGAAGGGGCGGAUGAGGAAGAGGAGGAGGAGGAGGAGCCGGCAGGGAAAGGACGGGGCGCGCGAGGCAGACGGGGGAGUGGCACAGGGAAGGUGGGGGGCCGGUCUGGUCAAUCCCGGAAACGCGGGGCGGUUGACGCAAUGCGUGGCGGCCCAGCGGGCAAAUCGAAGGCGCGUAAAGUGAAGGUCGAAACUGACCGGGGUGGAAGGAAGCAAGGGAGACAGGGUGGGGCAGGCGAUGGAGAAGGAAAGGGAAGGCGCGCGAAAGGGGUACCUGUAGGUUCGGCAAAGAAGGAACCUGCCCGUAAACGAGGCAGCACCCGCCGAAGCACACCGCGGAAAGGGGGCAACGAUAAGGAGCAGGCAGCAAAACCGAAGGGACAGCAACGAGGGAAGGAGAAGGUUGACGAAUCGGCUAAACCGGCCCCCCGUGUUACAGGCAUUGGGCCACCGGUAAGCGUGCAACGGAUGCAGCUAACGAAAGGGGCCGGAAGAGCGAGUGUGGCACCGCUAUCCACAGGAGCACCAAGGUUCUUCACGCCAUACUCCGGCCCGAGCAAAGUCGCUGCGACUGCACCCGGCGCGGCUACAGGAGAGGAAUCCGAAUCCCCUCCACCAGCCCCCGUCACGCACUCCCCACUCGCCUCUCCCUCUUACCCAUUUCGGCCACUACACGCUUCUCCUGUCCGGGGCAGGGCGGUCUCCCCCCUCGCUGGUCCAUCGCGCGGGCAUCAACCAAGCACUUCUGCCAAUCCCUUCCCUGAGCCUCCCUUUCCCCGCCAGCGUGAUAGUGUGAGGGCACACGGGGCUGCUGCUGAAGACGUUGAUCCCCUUGGCCAGAGAGGGGUUUCUACACACCCUUUUCCGGAUGUCAUGGAUGCGCUGGGCGAAGGUGCAGAGCAUGGGCAGUUUGUUACACGAGACGAGUUCCAGCAGCUACGGUCUGAGAUGUACGCCAUGUUUGCUCAGCUCGGCCUGCGUCGUGGAGCAACUGCCAGCUAUGCCGGGGGGACUGCAGUGGUGCCUAUGGCUGGUACCCCGCCGCCGAUGAGUGCCGUGGACAGGGCACGUGUGCUUGUGCUUCGGGAGACCAACCCAUUCCCGAGCAAAGCCUACUUAGUGUGCUCUCAGCUCCUGUUUCUGAACCCCCCGGAGAAAAUUCAGUAUUACCCUGCACCGGAGGAAGUGUUCGAGGCCUUCGCUGUCCACUUGUCUGCCGAGGGGCUAGAGUCAAUGAAGCUGCUGUGGUUGCACAACGACAAGUCAACCAUGGGUGUUUUCAACCACCAGAUGUCAUCAACCAGGUCAACAAUCAACACCACCCUCAGGCCAGCAACGUACGCCGGCAUGGGUCUCUCCGAUUACGCCAAUGCGGUGGAUUGCCUGCCCACUGAGCUACACCCAAAGAAGUGGUUCAACGACGAGCAACUCCUGGCGGAGUACAGAGAUGAACAGUGGGCCCUCAACUGGCACUUUGACAAGGCCACCGGAACACCCUUCAGCAACCCCUUGUUUGCUUAUGCGUUCAAGCUCUCCUUCAAGAGGAGCGGGGUCGUGUUCACCAAGUUCAAGAGCCGCAUGGUGGCAUGGGGCCUGUUUUCGCUGGAGCAUAUACCCGUUACCCCCCCUCAUACACCAUCCACCCAACCCUACACCACAUUGCAGAUCGAGUGGCCCCUUCUGCAGGACAAGCGCCGCAAGCGAAUUCCGGCCCAGCCGGAACAAAACAGGCCGGACUACUUCGAAUGGUGUGACAAGGUCAAACAGAUGAUACACUUUGCCGUCGUGGAGCGACGCAUCCCACACGAUCCAGCUUCCCGAACAAGUUCCUCUUCCCGAACAAGUUCCUCAUCGACGAUGGCGACCUUGGAGAUGUUGCAGCAGAUUGAGUCGGGAUGGGUUCCUGCCGCUGGCAGAACGCCGUCGCCGGCAUCUAGGGAGAGGCUAACGGCGGCAUGGUCGGAGAAGGAGGUGAAAAGCGCUUUUCGCGCGAUGGCGAAGAAUAAGGCCCCGGGGAGCGACGGGUUGCCGAAGGAGAUGUUUGAAGAGCACUGGGACGUGUUGGGUAAGCACUUCAUGGCGCUGGUGGAGUGUUUCACCGAGUCGGCAGAGCUUCCUGCAAGCACAAAGAGCGCUGUUACUAUUCUGUUACACAAAAAAGGUGGAAGAGAUGCGGUUGAGAACUAUCGCCCCAUCACGCUCCUGAGCUUCAGUUACAAGGUAUUUGUCAAUGGGAGUUGGGUGUUGGCCCCGUCCUCGCUUGGGCGGAGCCGACUUCGUGGUCGGGUGUAG